UUAACGCUAAGCGAUAGCUUCCAUUUCAUCUAAGUAACCCCCUUAUAGUCAACUAGUUGUCAGUCAGCAUGGAUGCCACCGAAACAGCACCCGAACAAUCCUCAUCCCAAACGACCCCAACAGCUGCAACCGGAUCUGGUAAACCAAUCGAUAUCCUCGACGAACAGUACGCUCAUUAUGUUCAGCUAGCGAGGCAGAUGCUUCUGAAAAUAAAAUCUCCCACAGAUCGCCAAAUUUGCUCCAAAUACCUUUCACGAUGCUGCCAGCUGAGCAAUGCCACCCACUCGGCCAAAAGCUAUCGGAACCAGUUCUUCCGGUACUUUCUCAAAGUGUUGGAUGCCACCAUCCUGAACCAGCAGCACUACGUUCAAAUGGACGAUGAACCAGAGCCGAUGAGAGGCGAGGUGAAAGAAGUGUAUCGCUGGUCCAACGAUCGGAAGUCCUACGUUGCGGCCAAAAUCAUUCCCAACUACGCAGUUUUGGUGUACAUGGCCGUUUGCGAUGAUCCUCAACAGGGCUGGGAUAACGGCGGGUUCGGUAAUUAUGAGUUCUGAAUAUGAUUCAUGCGAAUUAGAAGUAUCAUAUCGGAGAUCCUUUUCCUGGACAGAGUGAAAUAAGUAUUUUUUGUAUAUAUGUUUUAGAAAAUUAUAAGUAUUCAAAUUAGAAAUGAAA